AUGUCUUCAAAAAAGAAAGCUAUCAAUGCUUUUAGUGCAACGAGAUCCUUAGGAAUUCCUGAUGACCAAGUAAAACCAAUAUUGAAGGAUCUCCUAAAGAUGUAUGAUGGAAAUUGGAAACUCAUUGAAGAAGACAAUUAUCGCACUCUUGUAGAUGCUUAUUUUGAGCACAAGGAAAACGAGGGACUAGAAGGAAACAAUGGUUGUCCUGUGGAAGAUAAAAUGUCUCUGAUACCAUUAAAGAGACCACGUGAAGGAGAACAACAGAAUCAGGCAUUGUUUACCACCGGUAGCUCAGGUCAUAAAUUAGUUGCUAGAAAGGAUAAAACUACAAACUCGUCUCAAGACUCUGAACAAGGUUUAUUCAUUAGGCCCAGCGAAAGGAUGUCAUCAGGGAAACCCAUUUCGGUAGUUUAUCCAGAUAAGAAAGCAUUAACAAAUGGUAACACGGUAUGCAAUUCAUAUCAGAAGGGCUCAAGUUCUUCUCAGUGUGUGAGCCCAUCGAAUACAGCAGCUUUUCAAGAUCAAUGCACCAACUACAGUAGAAAGCCUUCAACUUCCUCUGUGCAUGUGAGGCCAAUUUCUCGUCAUCAACAUAACAGAAAAAAUACAAAUAAUUCCUUGCAUCAUAUGCAUGACUUGACAAAGGGUGCAGAGAAAGUCGAAAUAUCUUGGGUUAAUGAAUUAGGAAAUGAUUCCAUCCCUAAGUUCAAUUACAUACCAAACAAUAUAAUUUUUCAAAAUGCCAAUGUCAACAUUUCACUAGCUCGGAUUUCAGAGGAUGAUUGUUGUUCAAGUUGCUCAGGCGACUGCCUUUUAUCACCUUAUCCAUGUGCUUGUGCUUGUGAAACUGGUGGGGAAUUUGCCUAUACACGAGAAGGCCUGCUAAAAGAAGAAUUUCUAAAUCACUGUAUGUCUAUGAGAUGCGAGCCUAAGAAGGAGCAUCUAUUUUAUUGUGAAGAUUGCCCCAUUGAGAGGUCAAAGAAUGACUACAAGCCUGAUCGAUGCAAGGGUCAUUUGCUCAGGAAGUUUAUCAAAGAAUGCUGGAGCAAAUGUGGAUGUGACAUGCAGUGUGGAAAUCGAGUUGUACAACGAGGUAUUUCUUGCAAACUGCAGGUUUUCUUCACUAAUGAAAGAAAAGGAUGGGGUCUUAGAACACUUAAGAACUUGCCAAAGGGGUCUUUCGUUUGUGAAUAUGUUGGUGAGAUAUUGACAAAUACAGAGUUGUAUGAACGAAAUCUGCAAAGCACCGGUAAUGAGAGGCAUACAUAUCCCGUAACUCUUGAUGCAGACUGGGGCUCAGAGGGAGUUUUAGAGGAUGACGAGUUACUUUGUUUGGAUGCUACGAAUUAUGGAAAUGUUGCAAGAUUCAUCAACCACAGAUGUUCUGAUGCAAAUUUGAUCGACAUUCCUGUUGAAGUUGAAACUCCUGAUCGCCACUACUAUCAUCUCGCGUUUUUCACUAGCAGGGAAGUAAAAGCUAUGGAAGAGCUUACAUGGGACUAUGCUAUCGACUUUGAUGAUGAAGAUCAUCCUGUGAAGGCAUUUCAAUGCUGUUGUGGAAGUACAUUUUGUCGAGAUGCAAAAAAGAAACACAAGGCAGCACUUUUGUAG